AAGAUAACUCUUAUCUUUCGUGUACAAUUUACUUGUUGACCGAUUGUACAUUACUCCUUCUUGUUUUAAUCUUACAACCGGCUCGACACACAACUGCCUUGUAAGUUCCCGCGCUCACGUGUACGCUCUUGCCUCGCUUCAUCCGUCCGUUUCUUGUUGUAGUCCCAUCGAAUACAGUCCGCUGUGUCCGACUCCAAUUGCCUUCUGAUAUCCGCGCUUAAUUCCGCGCACCGUCUCGGACUAGUAUUAACUAGUCCUACAAAUUGGUGACCCCGAUUCGCACGCGCGAAUUCAACAUUUAUUUUCUCGUUUGUAUUUUUGGUGAGUUCGUUCCUUUUUCUCGAUUAUAUACGUAUAUUCAUUUGUUUCUUGCGUAAUUUUAGUACUUUUAUCGUAUUUUGUUCGUUAUUUAUCUUUCGACUCACAUUUCGAGAGUGGCAUCUGAGUCGUUUCACAGCGUAACCAUGCUUACUUUGGCUGUUCCAAGUUUCAUGGAACACAGUCCAGAAGUUUGGUUUAAGAUAUUCGAGAUCGAACUAGAAAAUAAGGGCAUAACGGCGGACCGUCCAAGGUACAAUCAGCUCGUCCCACGCCUUCCUCCGUCGGUAGUGACGCUGAUUGAGGACAUUCUACUCUGCCCAUCGAAUGAGGCAAAGUAUGAAACGAUGAAGCAAGCGAUAUUGAAAGAGUUACGACCCAGCGCACGAACACGAUUUGAGCAGCUCAAUGGUCUCAAGCUUGGAGAUCGCAAGCCGUCGGCAUUGCUCCGCGAACUUCAGCGCAUCGCUGGUCCCUUAUUCUUGAGCGAAGAAGGGAUAAAGGAGCUGUGGUUUGCACGUCUCCCAGAGCCAUUGCCGGUAAUGCUGUCCAUGUUUAUAGAUGCACCCUUGAAAGACUUAGCUACCAAGGCAGACGCUGCGUUCGAACGUUUUCCGCAGCAGACGACCAGUAACUCCGGUGACGUAUUCUCACCGAUGAAAACCGAAUCCCAUGUUUGUUCCCAGUCGCUAGACCGAUCUGACUCUAAAGACGAGGAAAUUGCGCUACUUCGCAGCAGGAUAGCAGCAAUGAAGGCUUCGAAGCAGCGGGUGCCACGGUCAAAUGCUGACCACGUUUUGGCUACCGUUCAUUGCGGCUCGUCUGUGCCUGCACCGAGUACGUCACGUUCGGCACGAAAGCGCCACAUUUUCCUUACAAGUUCUCAGUCAGAUAAGGUCAAGCCCGUCGAAGAAGUAUGUUGGUAUCACCGCCAAUACGGUGGAAGAGCUAGACGUUGUCGGGCUCCCUGCAUUAGGCACGACCCAGGGAAAACGAAUAGCCCGCAUACUAGCACUACAAACGUAGCAUGCAAUAACCAAGCAAACCGACUGUUUUACGUUAAGGAUCGACGUUCUUCCAUCACGUUCCUCAUCGACACGGGAGCGGAAGUCAGCGUCAUCCCAGCGACCGCUAGCGACAAGCACUCGAAGCCGACGUACAAUUUGCGUGCGGCCAACGGUUCUCCGAUAGCUUCAUUCGGUCAGCGCAUGAUGAACCUAGACCUCAAUCUCCGCCGAGAUUUUCAGUGGGUCUUCAUGGUUGCGUCUGUACCCUUCGCGAUUAUCGGUAUCGACUUCCUCCGACAUUUUGGGUUGCUUGUUGAUGCUGGUCGCCACAGACUUUUAGACGAUCGUACGAAACUAGGUGUUGAUGGUGUCCUUUCAGAUGCCCCGAUAAUCAGCCCUGUAUUUCGAAUCGCAGACGCACCGUCCGACUACUUGAGCCUCCUCUCCGAAUACCCGCGACUGGUUCGACCGGCUGCAGAGCUUCCACCAGUCACAACAGAGGUCGCUCACCACAUAGUUACGCGCGGUCAACCAGUUAGCGCACGGCCAAGACGGCUUGCUCCAGACAAACUACGGGCAGCACGAGCCGAAUUUGACCACAUGCUUCAACUUGGUAUCGUCAGACCGUCCAACAGCCCAUGGGCGUCGCCUCUGCACAUGGUCCCGAAGAAGGUUGUGGGGGACUGGCGUCCUUGCGGCGACUAUCGAUCCUUGAAUACGGUAACCACGCCUGAUCGCUAUCCGAUCCCACACAUAGUGGAUCUCACCGCCAGUCUGGCGGGUAAAAGUAUCUUCAGCAAAAUCGACUUGGUACGCGCAUACAACCAAAUUCCGGUAGCCGAGGCGGACAUCGCUAAAACUGCCGUGACGACUCCAUUUGGUUUGUUCGAGUUUCUGCGUAUGCCAUUUGGUCUAAAGAACGCCGCGCAAACUUUUCAGCGUUUCAUCGACCAAGUUUGUCGCGGCUUAGACUUCGCUUACGCGUAUCUUGACGACAUUUUAAUCGCAAGCUCUUCACGAGAAGAGCACAUACGCCACGUACGAACACUUUUUGAUCGUUUAUCUCAACACGGGGUGACGAUCAACGCAGAAAAGUGUUCGUUUGGUGUCGAUUCAGUUAAUUUCCUGGGCCAUCGUAUCUCUUCUGCAGGCGUCGUGCCACUGCAAGAUAAAAUUCAAGCCAUUAUCGACUACCCCGAGCCUCAUUCUUUCAAACAGCUCAGGCGUUUUGAUGGCCUGGUCAACUUUUACCGUCGAUUUAUACCCAACUGCGCCUCUCUGAUGCAACCCCUCACGGACCUUCUCCGAGGGAAACUCAAGACGUUCGAAUUUCCUACCGCAGCACGCGCUGCUUUUAAGUCGCUGAAAGAGGCUAUCGCCAACAUAGCUUCCAUAGCGCAUCACGAUCCGACCGCCCCACUGUCCCUUAGUACUGACGCCUCGGACGUCGCGGUCGGCGCUGUUUUGCAGCAACGCGUAGCCGACACGUGGCAGCCCUUAGCGUUUUUCUCCAAACGCCUACAACCUACCGAAUCUCGCUACAGCACGUUCGGUAGAGAACUACUUGCCGUAUAUCUAGCGAUACGUCACUUUCGACACGUCCUAGAAGGCCGCUCCUUUGUCGUCUUCACCGACCACAAACCCCUAACUUACGUGCUCGGCUCGACUACCGACCGAUACUCUCCUAGAGAGUCGCGCCACCUUGACUAUAUCGCUCAGUUUACGACCGAUAUACGGCAUGUCUCAGGUGUGCACAACGCCGUCGCCGAUGCACUUUCCCGCAUUCAAGCUAUCUCCGCUGACGCCGGCACUGCUAUCGACUUGGCAGCCAUGGCCACAGCGCAACUCAACGACCCUGAGGUUGAUCUACUACGCAGGUCUCCCUCAUUGGACAUACGACCUGUUCCGCUGACAUCAUCAGACGGCACUAUACUGUGCGAUUUAUCUCUGGGCACGCCGCGCCCAGUCGUCCCACGUGAGUUUCGGCAGACCGUGUUCGACGCGUUGCACGGCUUGUCUCAUCCAGGCGUUCGUGCAUCGGUUAAACUCGUAACCGCACGAUUCGUUUGGCGCAAUGUUAAUCGGGACGUCCGUACCUGGGCAGCUGCUUGCCUUCCGUGUCAACGCGCGAAGGUGCACAAGCACACGAGAAGCCCAUUAGGCACUUUUCCGACGCCAGACGCACGCUUUCAUCACGUGCACGUCGACCUCGUAGGUCCUCUGCCGCCUUCCAAAGGCUCGGUAUAUCUACUGACCUGCAUCGAUCGAUUUACUAGAUGGCCUGAGGCCGUCCCUAUCCCAAAUUGCUCCUCGGAAACAGUAGCGAAAGCUUUUAUGGAGCGCUGGGUAGCUCAAUACGGCUGUCCCGCCAUCGUGACCACCGAUCGAGGGUCACAUUUUUCGUCAACGUUUGCCACGUUGCUUAAGGAUUUAGGCUGUCGCCACGUUCAGACGACAGCGUAUCAUCCGGCCGCUAACGGCAUGGUGGAGCGUUUUCACCGCCAGUUGAAGGCAGCGCUACGUGCGCACGCAGAUCCUUCAUGGUCUGAAACGCUUCCCCUCGUUCUCCUAGGUUUAAGAAACACGGUUAAGGCUGACUUCGACGCCACACCAGCGCAGCUAGUCUACGGUUGCACGCUGCGGUUGCCCGGACAGCUGGUAGCACCAGCCCCAUGUACUUCCACUUUUGACUACGGAAGUUACACUGAUCGAUUGGCUCACCAGAUGCGUGAGUUACGUCCACCCGCUCCUCGAUCGCAGAAGACACCAGUGUACGUGCCCGAGAAGCUGUCUACGUGUUCACACGUCCUUCUUCGCGCAGACGGUGUUCGACAGCCUCUUCAGUCGCCGUACAUAGGACCCUUCAAGGUGCUGCAUCGUGCGAGUAAGGCGUACACUAUUGACCGCGGUGGUCGACACGAAGUCGUCACCAUCGACCGUCUGAAACCCGCCUUUAUGGAAGAAACUACCUCGCCUACUUCGUCUAGUAGUGCCUCGUGCGACGUCACAACUCACCGUACCAAUUUUCCGCAUGCUAGUGAAGUCCAACCAGACCACGAUCACGGUCUGCAAGCUUCAGCAGUCCGACAUCACCCGAACCUAGUCCGCCGCCUCCCACGACCAAUCGCCGUGGUCGGGAGGUACGUAAGCCCGUUCGCUUCUCCGACUAUGUACAGUGUAAAUACUUUUAACUUUGUAGAUAUUGUAUAUAUUUGCCUCGUUUUUGGUCGAUUAACGUUUUGAAAACAAACAAAAAUAUCAAAAACCCCCGAAAAACCUUUUUCGAAAAAAAUAUUCAAAAACCAAAAAAUAUUUAAACACGCAGCUCAUUCGUUUGUUCUUUUUGGCGUUUUCUGCGCGUGUUUUUCUAUUUUCUCGUCUUUACAUGCCCCAACCCUCCCCUUCGAUCGACUGGCCCACACGAGGAACGUUUUCGAGGACCCUGACGCGAACACUGGUCGUUUCUCCGCGGGACGAGGGUCGCUUCUCCGCGGGACGAGGAUCGCUUCUCCGCGGGACGAGGAUCGCUUCUUCGCGGGACGAGGAUCGCUUCUCCGCGAGACGAGGGUCGCUUCUCCGUGGGACGAUGGUCGUUUUCUUCGUGGGACGAGGGUCGUUAUGGCGCGGGGCGGGGUGCGGCGGGGGGAGAGACCACUCCCAAGCGCACCGUUUGGCAGCAGCGGAGGUUGAGGUCCUGUCGGCCUUUUUCUGGGCUAGCCAGUUUUUUUGUAGUCCGACAAGCCCGCUCCAACGGCUCGCCGAAAUGCACCCUGCCCUGCAUUCAAUAAAUAACAAAGCAUAAACGGCACAGCGGACUCCGACUUCCGACGAACCCCCAUUUACACGAACGCACGCCCAUUUUUACUCGGCACGAUUUCGCCCUACGAACCUGGUUUCAACAUUCCUUUUCGAUUUCGAAGGCUUUCUAUGUUCAGCCUUCUAGGGGGGGAGCUCUGUAGCGCCCAAAAAGAUAACUCUUAUCUUUCGUGUACAAUUUACUUGU